UUAAGUCAGAGAAAUUUUUAACUGCCCUCUCCAGGUUCCAGUGCCAUCAUUUUCAGUGCAGCAGUGGAGAUUAAACAGAUAUCAGACAAAAGUAUUUCCUCUCAGCAAAAGAAGGUGCCUGCAACUUGUAUAGCUCUGACCACUCAAGAAAUCCUGCCAUAAAUGAACAACUCAUCAUGUCUCCAGCCAUCGCCAGCUACCACCGUAGCUCUCCCCAUCCUCUACUCCUGCCUGUUUCCCGCUGGAAUCUUUGGGAACCUUCUGAGUGCCUGGAUAUUUUCACGGAAAGUGCCCAUCCGAAAGACACAGUACAUUUACCUGGCCAACCUGGUGACUGCAAAUCUGCUGGUUUGCAGCACCAUGCCCUUCCUGGCCGCCUACUUUGCCGAGGGGCACCACUGGCCCUACGAGUCGGCAGCGUGCAAGUUCGCCCAUCACCUGGGGACACUGGUGGUGCACGUCAGCAUGUACGUGACCAUCACCAUCCUGUGCUCCACUGCCCUCAGCCAGUACGCCACGCUGAAGAACAACUGUGGCCCACGACACUCCCCAGCUCUGCCAGGAACCUUCCACGGGCGCCUGCUGCACGAGUUCCGGCGGCCGAGGUUCGCUAAAUAUUUCUGCGUCGUUAUCUGGCUGAUUGUGCUCUGCAUUACAGUCACAGCCAUCAUCUACAAUGCCCAGGAGAGGGUUUCAGGAGAGUUCCCCACGUGCUACAACAUCAAGGUAGAAGCUGGUGAACAUCCUGCAAUGAUUGCAGCUUUUCUUGCCACUGUGUGUUUUUUUCUGUCUUUUAUGACCGUUUUGUGGUCGUACUAUUCUCUUACUAGACAUCUGAGCAGGAUACAAAAAAACACCUGUAUUGGAGAAAAACACCUAAUUUACAGAACAGUGAAAAGAAACAUUCUUGUCAUCCAGAUGAUAUUAACUGUCUGUUUUCUUCCAUACCAUAUUUUUAGGCCAAUUUUCUAUGUACUGCUUACAGAUAAUGACUGUCCAAGGUUAAACUAUCUAGUGGAAAUUAAAAAUGUCCUUACUUGUCUUGCUGCUACCAAAAGCAGUUUAGAUCCAGUUAUAACUCUUCUGUUAGAUAAAACAUUUAAGAAAACUCUUUAUGGCCUGUUUACCAAAUCCACAUCAGAACAUCAAAAACGUAAUGAUAUUUUCACUGAAAUGUGAAGGAAUAUGGAAAGAUUUUCAUAGACUAUAAAUAAUAAUAAACUAAUUUUAACUAGCUUUAGGCAGGCGUUGAUAUAAAAUGGCAAAUAUUUAAAUAAAAUGGUAACAAACUGUUUUCAAAUUUUCUUUUCAAAUCAUCUUGCUUGCUGCAUCAACAUUGGCCAUAAUAAAUCCAAUGUGUAUAUCCAAAUGAAUCCAAGGAGUCUGUAGAGUGAACAGUGUAAUACCCAUUCAUCCAUGUAAUACAAAAGAUGUUUUACAUUUGACCUAUGGACAGUUCCUUUUACCUAGAAAGUCAAGGAAGAAGGCAAAAACUAGGCUGAAGUUGAGGAACCCAGCUCUCCCUUGUUAUCAGUAAGAGUUCUGGACGCAGGUUUCCUUUACAAGAAGGCUGAACAAAGCACAGACACUUUCCAUGGGAUGGGUGAACCACAACUGUGCUAAACAUCCAACAGCCAAGUAACCACAGCAAGACAGAACUGAGCAGUCAAAGCUUUCCAGAUGGCAAAGUGCUGCUGACAGGACUGGUUUUAGAUCAUCAGCUGCAAGUCUGGGUGAGCAGAGCUGUUCACUACCCAAGUGCUCUUCUGAUUUGCACAGACACAAACUCAAACCCCACCACUUCUGUCCUUCCUGAAGUACACUUUAUAGGGAAUGUAGCUGCAGUUAUCUCAGCAAAAUGCCUGCCUGGGUUUGUUUCUCUUAAUGCAGUUUUUGAGGGCAGCAUAGGCUGAAGACAUUCCCGCUACAUUUUUCUAGUCACAACCACUUGUUCCCCAGUACUUUAUCAAAAAGGCAGGAAAAUGAAUGAAACUUUGGGAACUACUAAUCAAAUAUAACUUUGUGAGAGACUCUUAGCAAGAUCCCACUCCAACACUUCUACACAGCACCAAAAAAAUGAUAUAUGCCUUUUUUCCUAUGUAAUCUGCCCAAUAUGAUGUCCUUUAAAGUUCUUAACUGCAUCAAAGUUUUUCUUGAUUCAAAUCAAUUUUUCUUGAUUUCAAAUAGGAAAAGCUUUUGUGAGGUACAGGCAAUUUGAGAAACUACAAAUUGAGUCUUGCAUUGGUCUAGCAUUUGACAGAAGAGUUAAUGGAGGAAAAUCUCCCAAAACCUAAAGGCAGGAGGGAUGAGGAGAGUUAGAAAAACACUACAGCAAAACACAGCUCAUGUGGCAAACUUCUUGCAUUGCUUGGACAUGCUGGUGCCAAAAUCAGAAGUUAGCAGGUGACACGUGAAUUGUUUAAUAAAAACAAUAAACAAUUCAUUUCUAUUGCAGUGAACACAAAAUCAUAAGGCAAACAGGCACAGCACCUGGUGUGCAAAGCAGUUUGGAGACCACAUGAGUCUGUCAAAUUUUUGGUUAAGCCAUUCAAAUGCGCUGCCUGUGAAGCCAGCUCAUCAAUCAGAAGACAUGAGUUUUCUGACUGUGUGAGCAAAUGAUUGAAACAUAUAAACUCAGUGACCAGAAAGCUUCUAAAUUCAACUCCAGGUAGGCCAAGCAGAAUAAAUACACUUUUCUCAGCAAAACUGCUUCUGAACAUACUAACAGGAAAAUGGUCAACAGGAAAAGGGCUGGACAAAACAAGCACGGGGACCUUGAGAUAGGAAGCAGGGGCACAGGAGUGAAAAUAAACAGGGGGAAAAGAGCAUUGCCUGAAGAAACACUGAGAAAUAAUACUGGAAGUUUUAGUUUUGGAGUCUCUUGUACAUCGAAUGAGGAAGUGUACGCCAGAAAAAAAAUGUGGCCUGGUAGGACCAGGUAGGACUUCAAUUGCACCUCUGAUAGUGGUUUUGCAACCUUAAAUAUUUUUAAACAACUUAAUAUGUAACAAAAUCCUCACCAAGAAGUUCCUACUGAAUCUCAGGGAUCUAGUAAGCUCUAAAAAUUACAGAAAACCCACCAAUUUUUGGUGGCUUUUUGGCUCCAGAAAGCAUAAAAGAAGUUUCAAAGGGAAAAGACUAGAAGGAAAGUAACAUGCAAGAGAUUUCUUGCUUUGGGUAUUCAAAAUGGAAAAAGAUAAAGAACAGAUUCUAUCCUGGUGAUUUUUUUAAUAGCCAAAUACACAGUUACAUAAACACACACAAACACAUAUAUACUACUUUUACUCCUUUUUAAGAUAUACCUAAAAGCAGAGGUGUAGGAGUGUUAAACUCUACCAGCAAAAUCUGAAAUGCUGAGCUAGAAGCAGUUCAGGCAAUGAAAGACAGAAGUGGUAACUGAGUGUGGUCUCAGAAUUCAUACCAUGGGUUAAGUUCUGUAUGUAUCUGCAAAAAUCACCACGCAAAUCUAUCCACAGAUCAAGUCUCAGGUCACCUGGACCAACUCAGAUGUGUCUAUGACACACAGGGCAGAGAAUAAUGCUUGGUCCUACUCCCUGGUUUUGACUCCCAGUGACAGAAAUAUUGAACUGAACCUUAAUGACAGAGAAGGCAGAAUAUGUAUAUUUUUGCUUCAGCAGGUUUAUCUGUUUAGAUGAUCACAUGUAGGAAACAAGCAUUCGUACCAAUCAAGAUAAAGCCACAAUGAAAAUUUUGGAUGUCUGCAUUUUGCUGACAGGCUCACCCUGACCCCAGGUGCACACUAAUUUGCUAAUCACUAACACAUACAGGCACUCAAACUACGUGGAAAUCAUGGAACAAAGUUGGAGUACUUGGAAUGAGUUAAGGAUAAAACUUCAGCAACUACAGCUCUUGAUGUGAUUAAAUUACUCUUACACCUGAUACAGUCUCACUCUCAUAUCCCUCAGUUAUAUUAAGAGGCAUUUUUAUAACAAGAUUUUUGCAACUAUGGAAAAUUCUACAUAAAAAUAAAGGCUCACAAAAGACUGCAAAACCUCUCAAUGUUUUACUGAUCAAAAACAUUCUGUUAAAGUUAUUGCAAAACUAAGUCAGUGACAAAUGGUACUCAAAUUGCAGCAGGAGUUUUACAGGAAAACACAAGAAUCUCAUUUCAGAGCCACAUCCCCGCCUUUCCCUUUUGUAGUUCUCUUACAUAAAGAUUUCUUUAUCCACAAACUGCUCUGUAAUAACAUUUGGUAAUGGAAAAGACUUCCUUUCAAUGCUGCUACUUUCAAUAGCCACCUUCUGGGUACUCCUGACACAGCAAGGUUAUGACAGAAGAAAAGGAAUUGCUGAGUUCUCUAUCAGUAGGUUGGCAGAACAGGAACAAAUGUUGUGGUAAGGGAAGAAGUUCUUGACAUUCACAUUUCUGAUGCACAGCUGUCUUGAGUUUUCUACCUUCCUGCAUCUUCUGUUUUCCUUACCAUAUGAUCCAGCUUCCAAGCACUGCAGGAUCAUGUUAACUGAGGGUGAAGCAAAUUUGUAACUGUCACUGAUUAUAAAGUCUUUAAGUAAUGCUGAAGGGGGUCAAAUGAUGUACACAGGCUCAAGAAACAUCUGGUCUCACAGAGCAAUUGGGACAACUGCAGGCCAUCCUGUGAUUUCACAUUUUGAUUCUGACAUCAGAUGUGAAUGUGGGGCACAGGGAGUUUGUCCCAGGCUGGAGUCACUUGGAAAAAUCAGGUGACGUUUCUGGCACCAGACAACAGCAAACUUUAAUUUUGUCUACUCUAAACUGUCUAACUUCCUAAUCAGCCAGGAGCUAAGGGAGCACAAAAACAGCUGAAAGACACCUCAACCUUACAUGGAAUAUGAGGUGCCGAUUUUCCUGUGCAGCAAAAAAUGACCAAGCAUUUCACAUUUCAAAAUAACAUUCACAGAAAGUCUAAAAGGGAGAAAAAUGUAGCCUGAUUAUAUCAACCUUACAGAUUUUAUUAAAGCACUUUCAUUUUCACUCAUUCAGGUAAUUUCUAAAGUGGUCAUUUAGCCUAUUUCCUUUCAAAACAACAUCUACAGUGACAUCUAGAGCCUGGAUACUGCAGUUUAAUGUGUUCAACUCCCAAACCCCACAGCUUUUGCCAAAACAAAACACUGUUGGGUUUACAUUGCUUUAGACUGAUACUUCAGACAUUUCUUCCUAACCCAUGUAAUUGGAACAGGUUCAUUUCUAAGAAUGGUAUUUAAAAAACCAAAACAACCUGUGAUUCUGAGGUUCUAAGAGACAGGAUAAGCACUAAAAUAAAUCCCCACUUCACCCUCAGCGAAACAGCCUCCCUCAGAGGUCCUUGAAGCUAAAACUUGGGAUUUUUUCAAGAAUAUGGUCCAAGAAAAACAAGUGGAGCUUUCAAAAAGACACAGCAACUUAAAAAUGAUGUUAAUUCUGAAAUUCAUGAGGUACCAAAACUAAACAAUUAAAAGUACCUAGAACCCUCAACACAGAACAGGCUGAGAUAUUCCACCAGCAAUUAAGAGCUGGUAUUCAAAAAUUCUAAUUUCUAGACUCUGUUUUAAGAAAUGACUAUUAAAACAACAAACUUCAAAAGAAAGCCUGUUACAUAAUAAUCUUCUUGAUUUUAAAAGGAAAGGAGUAAGAGGUUGCAAAUGGUCUGCAAUGUCUGGGUACAGACGACCAAACGACUCCUCAUAAAAACCCCCAGUUCUGCGCCUGUACUCUCUCCCCUCCCAGGUCACCCGCAGGAGUUUGAAGCACAGUUUACCCUCCCUCCAUCUUCUCUAUUCACUAUCCAAGAAUAAAUCCAAGAGUCACUUCUCAAACGGCACCAUCAGAGCUUGCUAGUAUUUUCCUGAAUUCCUACAGUGCUUGACGCACUUUGGAUGAAAACAAACUCUUGGAGAAGUGGAAUAACUACUUUAGGCAAUGACAUGAACAAAGAAUAUGCAUAUUCAAAUUGAAGAGAGUCAAGCCCACUUGGGUUAAAACUCCCAGCUACUUACAUUAAAGUACUUUGGGAUAAACUGCUUCCAUAAAUACACAUACAAACAGUACAAAGCUUACCAGGUUAAAACCAGUGUACAUACACCGGUCUUAACACUGCAUUUAUCCUCCCAAACUUUUUUUAUAUUAAAGAAGUUUUCAUAAUCAUAAAUGUUUAUUGGACUGUGUCCAAGAAGCAGAUAAUAUUACUAAUAUUGCAGCAUUUAAGCCUGUGCAUCUCUAGGAAAUCUUAGUGUGAAUGAGGGCUGUCAUUAUGCUGUCAAAUUGAUACCAAUAAACUACCAAUUCCAGUUUAAUUUAUGCAAUUAAUUUAUAUACACAUUUUCCUAACAAGAAGAAAACGCAAGCAGAUUCCGUAUGAAUAUUCAAAAACUAGAAAUUAAACUGACUUUCAAAGCAUGUUGUAAUCAAAUGCACGUAUAAUUUGUGAAUACAGGCCUCCUAAAUGUUCUAUAUUGAUGGAAUUAAGGUGGGCUUCAAUCUUACAUGACACAAAAAGAGUAAAGACACAGUCAGUAAAUAGAAAUUCCUUUUCUCCAGCUCCUCCUUUCUCUAAAUUAUAGAAAUUGAAAUUCAGUACUUUGCAUUAUUGUGGUGAAGAAAAAAAAGUAAUU